AUGAAGGGCGUGGGACACAACAACAGCAGUAGCAGCGGCGGCGGACUCCUUGCCGGGGCGAGGCAGGGGCAGCAGCAGCCGCCGACGGACAUGUUUGUCGCCUGCUUUGAGGCCGCCCUGGACGAGGAAUUGCGGGGGCAGGCUAUCUCCAGCAGCUUUCGUGCCUGCUUUGAGCGGAUUAGUUCACCGUACGGCUUUGUGCGCAACGAGGGCCUCCGUGACGCCCUGCAGCGUCUCUGUGACUUAUCGCUGGAGGCGGCGGAGGAGGCGGCGCAGUCGGCCGACAAGACAGCCGGCAGCGGCACCGCCGCGGGAGGCGGAGGGGCGGCCCUCGUUGCGCCGCACCUUCCGUACGACGCCAUACGCUCCUCCGUCAUGCCGCGCGGCCCAGUCGAGGCGUACGCCGCGGGGGCGCCGCCGAACGCGGCGUCGGGCCGAAGCGCCUCCUCGGAGCGCACCCAGCGGGCGUUGCGUGGGGCACGCUACACAGCGUCGGUGUUUCACCGCGUCCUCGUCCCGCGUCUGGAUGAGCGGGCCCGCUACAACCCUGGCGGCCCCGUCGCCGUCGAGCUCUCGGAAGAGGCGGCGCUGGCGUGGAACACGCUGAAUCACGCCCAGCUCACUACCCCACCCCCGUCGCCGACGCCGGCGCGGAAAAAGACGCCGAAUGUGACGCUCACGGAAGUGACCUUUCAGGAGCAGGAACUGGCGCUGCGGCUGUUGCAGGGCCUAAGUCUGGUGGUGUACGACCAGCGUCGCGUGGUGGCGGAGGGCCCCCUCAUCACGUAUCUCGUUGAGGUUUGGCAGUGUUGCCUGCAGCACAUACAGGCCCUCUUUAGCCGGCGGCGCCGCAAUGCGGCGCUGGAAAAGACAGGGGAUACCUCGCCCUCCACCGCCCCAUUGAUGGAGGAAGGGCCUGUUCAGCUUGUCUUUGGUUUAGAGACUGUCAUAGUGGCCAGCAUCGACGCGGCGGAGGCGGCGUGCCACUACAACCCACUCGCGUUAACCCGCAUCGUGCAGCACGGCGGCGUACGGGCCCUCCUCGACUUGGGGCUUUGCCCGUACGCCCCCUACGACAUCCGCUGUGCCGUGUUUGACACCGUCAGUGUGCUGAUGCAGGAGGUGGCCCCGUUUCGACGUGCUGUGGCGGCGGGGGGCCCAAACGCCGCAGCAACAGCCGCCGCAGCCGCAGCCGCAGCCGGCGGCGGCACAAAGGGGGAGGAGGACGAAUUGAUUCAAACAAUGAUACACCAGGCCAUGACGGGUUCGUUGGGCCGGCAGGCGGCCCCGCCACCGUUUCUGAUGGACCGCGCGAGUGCGUCAAAGUUUGACUCCGCCGUGCGUGACUGGUUUAGCCAGCAGGGUCUGAGUCACGUGGUGUCGGCGGUGAUGGGGCUGCGGGAUGUGCGUGGGACGCCGAUUGCGGCGGGGUCGAUGCCAAAGGCCGAGGUGGCGCGCCACGUGCAGCGCGUGAACCAGAUGCGCGAGAAGCAGCUGCAGGCUUUGCUGCAGGCGGUGGACGGCAAGCGGGCGGCGCUGUGA